GAGAGACGGUGUCUUCAAACAACAACACCAGGUGUUAUAAAAGCGUUAGAGUUGGAUGGUAAAGAAAGUUCGGUCACCUCGCCUAAUAUUGUCUUAAAAUUCUGAGAACAGAAAAAAGCACUCUCGAACAAACAGCUGCAGUUGGAAUGGAAAAGUGGUUAGGUUUUUUCGGUUGGCUCUUUUCAGUUUCUACAGCCGUGGGAAAUGGCUUUGUGAUCUUUCUCGUCGCCAAAAAACGCCGACUUCAUUCCUCAGCCAACUGGUUGGUUCUUUCCCUGGCAAUGGCCGAUUUUUUGGUCGGAGCUGUUGCUUAUCCACUGGCCUAUUUUUGUACUAGCUUAGGUUGUAACUUCAAAUUGUACACACCAUUUUUCUGGUUCUUUGUGCACUCUUCGGUAACGAAUCUUUGCGCAUUGACAUGGAAUCGUUACUCCUACAUCGUAUACCCUUUCAGCUACAAAAGUUCCGUGACUGAGAGACGCACAAAAACGGUUAUCUUGUCGGCAUGGUUGGUCCCCUUCGCGAUUUUUCUGACCCUUUUGGUGGGUUUAUACAUUGCGAAGUCGAACACCGCGCUAAUAGUUCUUCGAUUGACUGGUGUUUCGGCAUUCGAUUUAAUAUCAGGUGCGUUGCUUUUAUACGCAGUUGUUCGUAUAUUCAGAGUCGCACGUAUGCAGGCUUACAGGGAAUUCUCUGUCAAGCUACAAGUGCAGUCUACCCAAACAUUUUGUGAAGAAACAAGUAUUCCCAAACAUCAGAGGCAGAACAAAGCGCACUUCGUGAUUGCCAUCGUUAUUUUAUUCUUCCUCUGCCACUUAGCUGUAAAUGGAAUGAUUUUGUGGGUUAUGUUCUCUACUCGUGUCGUACAUGAGGCUGCACAAGGAGUCCAGCUUCUGCUAAUUAUAAACUCGGCGGUAAAUCCUUUCGUUUACGCGUUUUUAAAGAGUGACAUCAGGAUUGAGAUAACAAAGCUGAUCACUAAUCAUAGGUCCACACAAUUCCUUUCCAGUCUUUCUAGGACCUCUAGUUCGCCUGCGCAUGCGUAAGAACACUUAAUGUAAGAUACGGGAUGACUACAUGUAAAUAUUUUUCUUCACUGC